UUUGUUUGUUUCUAUUUUCCUUUCUUCUUUUUUUUUUUUUUUUAUUUAAUUCUUUUUCCUUUUAUUUUUGUCACAGUAUACGGUGUUUUUGUCGUUGUAUUUUUGUUCGUCGUAGAGACGACGAAGGCUAUUGGUUUAACUGUUUUCCCAUAAAAUUUUAAUAACUUCGUUUCUUAUCGAGUUAUAAAUUAGAAAAUAAUUUUGUUAUAAAAGGGGGAAAAGUGUGUGAGAAUAUAAUCCAGUGUCUUUGAACUUUCCGUAAACUCUGACAAGUUGGUGGAUCGCGUUUCAUCGCGGUUCACCUCUGUCUCUCUGCUUUUUCUUUUAACCACGCUCUCUCUUUCUCUUUUUCUUUAUUCAUACAUUGAAUCCCAAUCAUCUGUCCUUUCUUCUUCUUAUCGCGCAACGAAAAAAAUUUUUGUUUUUCUCGUAUCGAACGACCGGCAACUCCGUUGCUUUCCAGUGCAUAACUUGUUGCUCAUAUGUAAGCAGUGAUCCGAAACGUUUUGUCGAUUUCAACCCGCAGAGUGUGAAGAAAGAAAGGGGAAAAAACGAAGAAAAGGAAAAAGACGAAGAAGAAAGGGAGGAGGAAGAGUAGAAGAAGGAAGAAGUGAAAGGAGCCAGAGGAAAAGGGAAAAAGCUGUUUCUUCUGAUUUGAAAUUACAAAGAAAAUGUGCACUUGGGGUUGUUGCCAAUGACGAAUCUCUUCUUUUCUUCUUCUUCGAAACUUUAAGAGGACGCAUUGAAUUGAGGAGAGAAAACCCUGUUCGAAAGGAAACCAAAAGGAUUUUCUCACAUUGGCUGUUCGUCUAUCUUGUUACCCGCAGCUUAAAGUGCGGUAUAAAAGGAUUCCUUGGAUUAUGAAAAACGUGUAAAAGAAAAAUGGAAGCUACGAUUUCUAUGCCUUUGAACGACUCGAUGAAUUUCGAUAACGAAUCAAUGACAAUAGCUUGUUGAAACGACUGAAAUUAAAUAUUCGAAUAAGGGCUAUAGACUAAGAUCGGAUCGAUUACCGAUAAGCCGAUCAUGACACGUAUCGCGAAAAGAUGAUGACCAGCGGUCAUUGAAGACCGCUAGAAAACCGGUUCUGCAGUCAUCUCAGAAUGGAGGAAAACAUCAGUAUCGCAACGAAUGCGACGGUGAAAAAUUUCGAUUUUACCGAUCCAUGGGUCAUACUGAGAGCUGUCGCAUUGGCUCUUUUGAUCCUCAUCACUAUUAUAGGGAAUUUGUUCGUAAUAGCGGUGAUCCAAAUGCAAAGGAGCCUACGAUCCGUAGCAAAUUAUUUAAUCGUGAGUUUGGCCGUCGCCGACCUUAUGGUUGCCUGCCUCGCCAUGCCACUCGGGGCUGUUUACGAGAUAAACUCGAGAUGGUCUCUUGGGCCGGAACUCUGCGACAUAUGGACGAGCAGCGACGUCCUUUGCUGCACGGCAUCGAUAUUGCAUCUGGUGGCUAUCGCGGUCGACAGAUAUUGGGCCGUCACCGAUCUCAAUUAUACACAGGGAAGGAGUCCAAAGAAAAUCGGUUUCCUGAUUGCCAUGGUUUGGAUUGUUUCUUUGGGAAUUUCAAUGGCACCUCAUUUUGGUUGGAAAGAUCCAGAUUACUUGGAACGUAUAGCAGAGGGUGAAUGUCUCGUCUCCCAAGAUCCAGCGUACCAGAUUAUCGCAACAUGCGCAACAUUUUAUCUACCCUGUCUGCUUAUUCUCUUUCUUUACUGGAAGAUAUUUCAAGCAGCUCGGAAACGUAUCAGAAAGAGACCAGGUACGAUCGUUCAACCCUGUCGCGAAAGAAGAGGCAUCCUACGGCUCGUAACGAGAAGGCAAAGAGAGGAAUCAACAGCGUUCACUAUAACACGUUCAACGCCGGAUCACUCGUCGAUUUCACCGGAAAAGUCGUCGUCGUAUAACGACGGAAACGUAGUGCAAUCAACGGUCCAAACUCCAACGACGAUAACGACACCGGCGACAACAACGACGACAACGUCAACGAGUAGGCCAAGUUCGUCGUCAACAUCGACGACGAUACGUCAAGCGACAUCGACGAAGAGAAAUCGUGAAACGAUAGAAUCUAAACGCGAAAAGAAAGCAGCCAAGACAUUGGCAAUCAUCACCGGUGCCUUCGUCGCCUGUUGGCUACCCUUCUUCGUUCUCACGCUUCUACGUGUCAUCUGCGAUAGGUGCCAAAUACCCGACAUAGUAUACAAAGUUUUUCUCUGGCUUGGCUAUUUCAACAGUACUCUCAACCCUGUCAUCUACACCAUCUUCUCACCCGAAUUCAGGCAAGGUUUCAAAAGAAUGCUCUGUGGUAGCUCGAGAAUGGCUCGCUGACAUUGGAUUUAAUUUCCUUUCCCUUAAUACCAUUACCAAUAACUAAAACCAUUACGACCACUACCGCCACCAUCCAUGACAACAUCACAACACCAUUGGUACUACUACCCUCUGAAAGGAGGAAGCUUUAAUAUCUUCUUUCUCUUUCUUUUCUUUCUCUCUCUCUCUCUCUCUCUCUCACACACAUACACACAUAUGCAUGAGAAGAAAUAAUAGCAAAUAAGGAACUUAUCUCUCUUUUAGUUUCUUCAAUUUUUUCAUUCCUUUCAAUGCAUCACCAUAAUCAGAGUUUCUUGAUCACAAACGAUAUACAAUUUUCUUUAUUAAUUUAUCCAUGUGAAAA